UAAUUUAAUUUUAUUAAUUAUUAUGGCUGCUUAUUCUUUUGGAACAUCUCAACAAAGACCACUCUCAAAAGUCGAAUCGGCUCCUGGAGUAGGCGUAUGAGUAGCAUUAUACUUUAGAACUACAACCCUGAUAGGUAUCCACAUCAAAGGCCUCCUUCUUGGAAGUACAAUUAAAUCAGUUAAAAUUAGAAUUGGAACUGCCAAUAGAAUAGCGUAGCAAAUUGCUUAUCAACCUGGACCAGGCUAGUAUGAGUAACUAUAAAAAGCAAUCGUAAAAAUAUUAAAUCUAAUUAUCAGAAAAGGAAAAAGCCUGAAUUCUCAAUGGGAGCUAAGUUUUAAAAUCACACAGAAGUGGGCAAGGGAAUCACUCGUAAAAUAGUAAUUAACAAUUAGCUGGACCUGGUGCCUACAAUCCAGAUUUUAAACCUUUGCAAAAGUGUGCUUCCAGUUAUAGCAUGAGGAACAAACCACUAUUGGGAGGAAUCGAUGACAAUUUAAGAGAACUCAAAAAUGGUCCCGGUCCGGCAGCAUACGAAACUAAUUAUUCCACUAUUCUAAGCAGACCUGCUUCCAGAAUUGGCAAUCAAAACAGAGGUGGCUUCUAUGACACCAAACCCUUUAUUCCUGGAGUUGGUAAGUAUAAUGUGCGUCCUGCAACAUCGGGACCUUAUCAUAGAUUUGGAAAUGCCCUAAGAGAUUCUACAUUCACAGAAAGAGUCUAAACUCCAGGACCUGGAUAAUAUAUGCAUCAAUCUCAUCUGAAUCUAAAAGCCACCACUAUCAGUUCGAAGCGAAUCCCCACUGCAGCGGAUUCUGCUCCUGGUCCUGGACAUUAUGAUCCUUCAACUGAUUUCACCAAGCGUUCAGUCCCCGGUGGAAGAGUGGGAACUGCUAAACAGAGAUAAGUCUUUGAUGCUCAUUACACUCCAGGACCUGGACAUUAUCAGUCUUAGAGUGCAACCAAGAGGAGACCCCCCAGUUAUAAAAUUGGAUCAGAGUAGAGAAGGCUUGUCAAUUAACAAGAAGUUCCAGGUCCAGGAACCUAUGACAUCAGCAGAGAUGGAGGAAGCAAAGGAUAUACUCUGAGACCAAAAUACACUGAUAGAUUACCAGAUGGAACGCCUGGUCCUUUGGAUUACUAUCCCAAUGUCUCAUAAACCAAAUCCAGACCCAUGUCUUGUAGAGUCGGCACAGAAGCUAGAGAAAAAAGUAAACUCAACGAUAAUCCUGCUCCUAAUCAUUAUCAACUCAAUUAAACCAAUCCAGGUCCGAAAUUCCCGUAAUUUUGAAAACUAUUAUUUCAUUUAGAUUCGGAUCUGAAUCAAGAGUGACUGAUAGAAAUGAUGUUGGACCAGGACCUGGAUAAUACAAUAUUCCACCUUAUUUUGCAAAUGUACCCAAUUACCUCAUCCCAAAUAAAAGUCAUUUAGAUUUGUGAUAUAUAUCUAUUAUAUAUGUA